CAAAAAUUGGUCGGUAUGAUCAUUAAGGCCUCUUAUCGUGGAUUCGUGUUCUGUAACAUUCUUCAUUAUCAAUGCAGAACUGAAUGAAUAGCAAUUCAGCAUUUUGCAAUAGAUUACAUGUGUGGCCGAUCAGAUUAAAACAAUUGGUAUGGUCUAUAAAAGGCAGAUAACGCUGCGCUGCUCUGUCUCACGCAAACAUCCAUUGCUGUUAAGCAAACUGUCAAAAGUCACAUCCAGAUUUACAUCGGUUAUUGUUAACUCAACAAGCAACAACGGUACCAACGACAAAUGUCUAGACGCUUCAUUCAAAUGUAUAAAACGUGUUUCGAUAAAUUUCGAUUGCCUAAGCGAUAUCAGGGCAGUACGCAGAGUGUUUGGAAUGAGUACACUCAGCUUUUCAUUGAAUAUCAACCACUGAGUUUGGCGCAUGGUUUUACAGAUUCUCCCGUGCCAAAGUAUAUCACAGACACUUUAGCAGCUACAGCAAAAAGUUCCAAUCACUUGCUAAAUCAGUACACACGAGACUCUGGUCAUCCACGUUUGGUUCACGCGUUGUCGGCGAUGUAUUCAAAAUUGAUUGAUCGCCAGAUUGAUCCAUUCAAUGAAAUUCUUGUAACAGCAGGUGCUUACGAAGGGCUUUAUGCUGCCAUUCAUAGUCAUAUCGAAGAUGGAGAUGAAUGUAUUGUUAUAGAACCAUCCUUUGAUUCAUAUGCACCGGUUGUGAAAAUGUGUGGCGGUGUUGUGCGUUACAUACCCCUUCGAAUGAAAAAUCCCAACAACGGCAUCAUUAGCUCAGGAGACUAUGUUCUCGAUGAUACUGAACUGGAGGAGGUAUUCAACAGUAAAACCAAAAUGAUCAUUAUCAAUACACCCAAUAAUCCAUUGGGAAAAGUUUUCAACAGAGCGGAAAUGACAAAAAUCGCCAAUUUGUGCAUAAAAUACAAUGUGCUUUGCGUCACCGAUGAAGUUUACGAGUGGAUGGUUUACGAUGACAACGAGCACGUCCGCAUUUGUUCACUGCCCGGCAUGUGGGAGCGCACAAUCACCAUUGGCUCGGCUGGUAAGGCGCUUGCAGUGACCGGCUGGAAGACGGGAUGGGCAUAUGGUCCAGCGAAUUUGAUAGCUCAUCUACAAAUCGUUCAUCAGAAUUGCGUUGGAACUAAUGUCACACCACUUCAAGAAGCAAUUUCCAUUGUCUUCGAAGAUGAGUUUAAACGCUUGGAAUCUCCAGAAUGCUAUUUUAAUACCUUGCGCCUAGAACUGCAAGCAAAGCGUGAUUUUAUGAUUAAUGUACUAAAAGAAGCGAAAAUGGAACCGAUCAUUCCGCAAGGCGGAUACUUUAUACUUGCUGAUUGGACUGCCCUAGAGGAUAAAGUUGAUUUAAGCAGUGAAACAGACCCGCAAAGAGAUUAUCGCUUCACCAAGUGGAUGAUAAAAAAUAUUGGACUUCAAGCAAUUCCACCGUCAGCCUUUUUCAAUGAGGAAAAUAAAAAACUCAUGGAGAAUUUCGUUCGUUUUUGUUUUGUUAGAAAAGAUGAGAACUUACAAAAAGCUGCUGAUAUAUUGAAAAACUGGACUAGCAAAUAGUAAUAAUGGAGUAUGUUUGCGUUUGGUAAAAGUUUACAGAAAAUUCUCUUUUGAAACAAACAAUAGAACUGUUUAAUGACUGAUCGAAGAUAAUCAUUUUGGUAAAUAAAAAAUAUAUAAACAUGUAUGAUUUCAUUCACGCA